AUGGCUUCUAUUCAUUUCUUCACUGGAAUUUAUUCAAUUUCAACAUUGCUGAUCUUUAGCAGUAUUAUUUGUUCAGCAGUAAUUCUCUUCGAAAUCAAUGAUAUUUCGAAUGAAGUUUUUAAUGAAAUGAGAGCUUUUAAUUAUUAUUCAACCGACGCGUGGGAAAUGAUGUCAAAUCAAAUCAACAAUUCACCUCCUUCACAACCAACAUAUUUUUCUCGUCUGGCACGUUCUACUGAACAGAAAUGCAAUUGUAGCCAAGCAAACAAUUGUCCGGUGGGACCUCCUGGUCCACCAGGAGCUGCUGGAACAAAUGGGGAGGACGGGAGCCCAGGAGUUGCAGGACAAAAUGGAAAUGAAGGAAAGUCAAUAAAUGCACAAAUUGAUACAUAUGCUACCCCAUCGUGUACUCAAUGCACACCAGGACCCCCAGGAGCGCCAGGGCCCGAUGGAGUUUCUGGGCCAGUUGGAAUUAAUGGUCGACCAGGAGAGAAUGGCGCCGAUGGAAAUCCAGGUGCUCCUGGAGAGGUUGGUGCACCAGGAGAUCAAGGAGGUGCAGGAAACCAAGGGGCUGCUGGAAAACCCGGCUUGCCAGGAAAGAAUGGACAGAGAGGAUCUGGUCACCCUGGACCUACUGGACCAGUCGGUGAAACGGGAAACGCUGGUAACAAUGGACACCCAGGAGUUGAUGGAGAAAAUGGAAAACCUGGAACUCGCGGAGAAGCCGGAUUGCAGGGAAAAGAAGGUCAAACAGGUCCAAUUGGACCAGCGGGACAAAAAGGAGAAAAUGGAAUGCCAGGCCUAGAUGCUGGAUAUUGUCCAUGCCCGGAGAGAACUUACGGAGUGGAACCAAUGCCACCGGCACGUCAAUACGAGGGAAUAUAAGUUUUAUACAUAUAUAUAUAUAUAAAUUAUGUUAUUCUAUUUUCUAGUUGGUUAUUGGCUUGUUGGUUUUUAUAAUUGAAUAAAAGUUAACAGCAAAAAAAU